AUGGAUCCGCUUCUUUUCACCACUCCUGCUAAAAUUCGUGUGCUUCUUGUUCCAGUUCAUCCAAUUAAAGCACAAGUGUUUCAUAAACAUGUCGAAUUAGUUAGAAAAUUUAAUGUAGUCAAACUUGGUGAUGUUACUCCUGACAUGCGUAGUGUUCAAUCAAUGUUUAGCUCACAACUUUUUCAUGAAGGACAACUGCAUUUUAAUUUUGUGACUUCUUACGAGCCGGAACAUUCAUACCUUGAAGAAUUUCAAAUGCAUCGAAGAAUUUUUGGGGUAAUUGGGAUAAUGGAUUGUCGUGAAUGGCAGAGUUUGCCAGAUGGAUAUAAGAAAUUUUGUGAAAUACUAAAAAAG